AGAUUAAUGUGGUCCCGUGGGCAGCAGAGAGCGCUGGAUUUAUUUUCUGGGCAUUACAUGGAUUUACAGGAUGACAGCGCCAGCUAAAAGCACAGGCCGUGUUCCUAAAGGGUUUCCGUAGGGUACCGAAUGAGACGAGGAAGUAGUGUGACUGGUGGUGUUUCGGGGGCACGUGAGAGAGAUGGCCAGCAUUUCUAACUGUAGAGGAGGACUUAGUGGCCACUUUGUGUUCCCCUUUAUGGUUUAAGCUCUGUUGAGUUCAGGGCUUAACAGGAACCUGACUUCGUAGAGGUUAUAUAAAUAUUAUUGUAAGACUUUCAUGAAAUAAGUGGAAAAGAUAGAAGUGGCUUCAAUCACUUUAAAACCACAGCUCUGUUUGGAGAAAGGCUUCAGACCCACUUGAAUUCCAUUAGAGAUGGUUUUGUGCUGUGGAGUACAAGGAAAGGAAAACAGAAUGUGGCAAUUAAGAAGAAGAUAUCUAGAAGGGUUUGAUUGUUCCCUGAAAGAAGUGGCAUGGGAAAAUAAGGAGGUUAACACAGCAGUAUAGAAGACAGCAGACAGAAAGAUACUAUUUACCAGAGUGCUGGAUCAAAUUUUAAUUAUAAGAAACCUAUGGAGGGAAGAAGCCAGCUGUUGGUAGAGGUAUAGUCAUCACUGCAAAGGACAGAGCAGGGGCGAGGAGGAAAUAUUCAUUUAGUGAGCACUUGUUGCGGUAGAGUGGUUUGUGAAAUUGUUUUUCAGAUACCCUUCCUGAAGAGACCUCAUGGGUAAGUUUUCUAUUCUGGGGCCCCUUCUCGCUAUGUUUCGUGUUGACUUAGAUUUUCUAAUGUUCUCUAUUGCCCUCCACUAUGACUUUGGUGCUUGAAUUAGAUAUUUAGCCACUUUGCUAGAAAAUCUUCUGCUCAGAAACCCUGUGACAUGGGCUGCUUGUUUCUGAACCAGGCCAAAAGCUAUGGAGAGUCUCAGUAAACAUUUAAGGAUCAAGAACAGAUCCAGAAGGGGUUUUCCAUAAUGUGUCCCCAUCCGUAUUCUGUCUCCGAGCUUUCUCUUUCUCCUCAGUCUCCCUAUGGCCACUCACAGCCCACCUCUGCGUGGUUCUCUGUCUACCUGGUGCACAUUCUGAUUUAAGAGCUGUCUCUUUCUAUGCUAGCACCCAUUGUUCAAGUGGACACUGUCCGCUGUAUGGUUUUGUUUUGUUUUUAAAUCCUUUCACAUGCUGAAGAAAUCUUAGAUUGGGGGCAGGGAGGAGAUUCUGUCCUAAUUUGAAAAACAAGUAAAGCAUUUUUAUGUUACAGCAUAUUAAAAAUUAGCAGAGAUUAGAAGUAACAUAAAUAUGAUUAAGGACGCUCUAGUAUAUAAACCUGAUUGCAUUUGUUCAGCCAUUAGGACAGUAAUAGGAAGUCUGUGUGCUCACUUGGGACACUCCAUACAAAAUCCCACUAACUUAAUAAUAUACACAUAUUAUGAUAAUCGCCUUUUAAAGAAAAACCAACAUGUAAGUUAAACACAUUCAAAAGAUUAUGGAGAUGUCUAAUAGCCACUACAAUCUUGACUUUUUCAUGUGUGAUCUCCUUAAAUGAGGCGAUUUUGGUGAAUGAGGUUGCUUCCUGUUAAUAUUGCUUACAAUUGUCUACAGACCUGAAUCGCUGGUUUAAACAUUACCAGUUAUUUUCAGAUCCAAUGGCUGAGGCCAGUGAGUAAACAUCCAGUCCUAGGUUUUCCAUUUUUGUGUCUGUGAGAGAUUUGGUGAGAUGAUUUUGUAACCACUGCUGCAAGUGGUUGUGCAAUUGUGCAAAUAAGCCUGGUGACCUCCACAGAGCUUGCUCUGGCUUUUCCAUAGUUGCCACAGCAGAGGGAUUGAUUAAUGCUAAUCUUUAACACGGGUCCAUUUAUUGCCCACUUUCUGCCAGGCAUGGUGCUGGGUGCUCUAGAAGCAGUCAGACACAGUUUGAAGUCCUCAGAAGUUCACAGACUAAGUGCAGAAGACUCAGCUCAAGAAGAAAGACCUUAGAGAUACUCUCCACCUGGCAGCCCUGGCCUCGCUCAAGGGAGACAUAGUAGAGCUGACUAAACGCCUGCAGCAAACAGAGAGGGAACGAGACCUUUUGGAAAAGAAGUUGGCCAAGGCACAGUGUGAGCAGUCACACCUCAUGAGAGAGCAUGAAGACGUCCAGGAGCGCACGACCCUUCGCUACGAGGAGCGCAUCACGGAGCUCCACAGCAUCAUUGCAGAGCUCAACAAGAAGAUAGACCGCCUGCAAGGCACCACCAUCAGGGAGGAAGAUGAAUAUUCAGAACUACGGUCAGAGCUCAGCCAGAGCCAACAAGAGGUCAACGAGGACUCCAGAAGUGUGGACCAAGACCAGACCUCUGUCUCCAUCCCUGAAAACCAGUCCACGAUGGUCACUGCUGACAUGGAUAACUGCAGUGACUUGAACUCAGAACUUCAGAGAGUACUGACGGGGCUGGAGAGUGUUGUCUGCAGCAGGAAGAAGAGCAGCUGCAGCCUCUCUGUGGCCGAAGUGGACAGGCACAUUGAGCAGCUCACCACAGCCAGCGAGCACUGUGACUUGGCCAUUAAGACAGUUGAGGAGAUUGAGGGAGUUCUUGGUCGGGAUCUGUAUCCCAACCUGGCUGAGGAGCGGUCCCGGUGGGAGAAGGAGCUGGCUGGAUUGCGGGAAGAGAAUGAAAGCCUGACCGCCAUGUUGUGCAGCAAAGAGGAGGAGCUGAACCGGACCAAGGCUACUAUGAACGCCAUCCGUGAGGAGCGGGACAGGCUCCGGAGAAGGGUCCGGGAGCUCCAGACUCGACUGCAGAGUGUGCAGGCCACUGGACCUUCCAGCCCUGGUCGCCUUACCUCUGCCAAUCGCCAGAUUAACCCCAGCACCGGAGAACUAAGCACCAGCAGUAGCAGCAAUGACAUCCCCAUCGCCAAGAUUGCUGAGAGAGUGAAGCUAUCAAAGACAAGAUCUGAAUCAUCAUCAUCUGACAGGCCAGUCCUGGGCUCCGAAAUCAGUAGCAUUGGGGUUUCCAGCAGUGUGGCAGAGCACCUGGCCCACUCACUUCAGGACUGCUCCAAUAUCCAGGAGAUUUUCCAAACACUCUACUCACACGGGUCUGCCAUCUCCGAGAGCAAGAUAAGAGAGUUUGAAGUGGAAACAGAACGACUGAAUAGUCGUAUCGAACACCUCAAAUCCCAGAACGAUCUCCUCACCAUAACCCUGGAGGAAUGUAAGAGCAACGCUGAGAGGAUGAGCAUGCUGGUGGGGAAGUAUGAAUCCAACGCCACGGCGCUGAGGCUGGCCCUGCAGUACAGUGAGCAGUGCAUAGAAGCCUAUGAACUCCUGCUGGCACUGGCUGAGAGCGAGCAGAGCCUCAUCCUGGGGCAAUUCCGGGCAGCCGGCGUGGGCUCCUCCCCUGGAGACCAGUCAGGGGACGAGAACAUCACUCAGAUGCUCAAGCGGGCUCAUGACUGCCGGAAGACUGCUGAGAACGCCGCCAAAGCCCUGCUUAUGAAGCUGGAUGGCAGCUGCGGGGGAGCCUUCGCAGUGGCUGGCUGCAGCGUGCAGCCGUGGGAGAGCCUGUCCUCCAACAGCCAUACCAGCACAACCAGCUCUACAGCCAGCAGCUGUGACACAGAGUUCACUAAAGAAGACGAGCAGAGGCUGAAGGAUUACAUCCAGCAGCUCAAGAAUGACAGGGCUGCGGUCAAGCUGACCAUGCUGGAGCUGGAGAGCGUCCACAUUGAUCCACUCAGCUAUGACGUCAAGCCGAGGGGCGACAGCCAGAGGCUGGACCUGGAGAAUGCCGUGCUGAUGCAGGAGCUGAUGGCCAUGAAGGAGGAGAUGGCUGAGCUGAAGGCCCAGCUUUAUCUUCUGGAGAAAGAGAAGAAAGCCCUGGAGCUGAAGCUGAGCACGAGGGAAGCGCAGGAGCAGGCCUAUCUGGUGCACAUCGAGCACCUCAAGUCUGAGGUGGAGGAGCAGAAGGAGCAGAGGACGCGCUCGCUGAGCUCUACCAGCAGCAGUGGCAAGGAGAAGCCUGGCAAGGAGUGUGCUGAUGCUGCCUCCCCGGCCUUGUCAUUGGCUGAACUGAGGACGAACAGUGACAGCGAGCUGGCCACCGAGUUUGCCAGCGCCAUCCGACGAGAAAAGAAACUGAAGGCCAGAGUUCAAGAGCUGGUCAGCGCUUUGGAAAGACUCACCAAAAGCAGUGAAGUCCGACACCAGCAGUCAGCCGAGUUUGUUAAUGACUUAAAACGGGCCAACAGUAAUCUGGUGGCUGCCUAUGAAAAAGCAAAGAAGAAGCAUCAAAACAAGCUGAAGAAGUUGGAAUCUCAGAUGAUGGCCAUGGUGGAGCGACAUGAGACCCAAGUGAGAAUGCUCAAGCAAAGAAUAGCUCUUCUGGAGGAAGAGAACUCCAGGCCACACACCAACGAAACUUCACUUUAACGGGUGCUUGGGCACCAAAGUUCCACCCCAAGGGGCUAAACUGUAGCUGCUCUGAGGUCCUCAGAAGAGGAAGGCCGAGCAAGGAGCCGCUGUUGGAAGAGUGGGAAAGUUUCAUAUAGGUCACAAGCUCCACCUUGGGGUAUGUGGUCAUGGUGGCACAGUGGACUAUUCUAUGCACAGGCUCCAGCUGUUCCAGGCCUAGCCACAUGGUUAGCCUUGCCUUGCUUCUGCUUUGAGUAUUCAAGUGCUUCUGUUCUCACUUGUUCAGUAUAUCAGUGGGAAUCCAGGCAUUUGGUUUUAUGUGGAUUUUUGAGCCCCCUCCCCCUUUUCUUCUUUUCACACCUGGAUUUCUUCCUUCCUCUUCCAAGGAAAAGGCAACAGUGUUUUUGUGUCUCCAGCAUCUAGUGCUGGUAACUCAUCUCAGCAAGGCUCUGCUUUCCAGGUCCCAUGGUACCAGUAAAACUUAAAAUACUCUUGAUAUAUGCAGUGAAGCUAAGUUUACCAGGGAUUUCUUCCAGAACAGAAAAAAACAGUAUUGUAGCUCUUUCCCUACCCAGUACUACAUCAAAACCCAGGCACGAGUUCAUCUGAGUCCUCCCUAAGAGAAAGCGGCUUUACACUGCUGGAUAUCAAGAAGACCCUUAAUAUACAGAAUUGUUCCCACUUACUCAAUAGCGUACCACUGACUCUUUAGUUCCUGACAUCAUGAAAGGGACUGGGUGAGAGAAUGGCUGCUAGGCUUCCUGUUCUGUUCAUCCAGGUGUGGUGAUUUCAAGCAAAUCAGGAGGCAGGAUCAGAAUACCUGAACCCUUCUACAGAAGCAUCCAGAUUCAUUUAUUCAGUUACAGCCUUCACUCUUUUACCUUCUGCUAUUCAGUUGUUUACAAACUAAAGAACACUGCGGCUUUUUCCCCCCCUGUAGCCCCCAAGACUAUCCAUCUUCUUUGAGAAAUGGGUUCUGCUACUAUAGUUAUUUACGUGAAAGAUGCUGCAUUUAUAAUCAUGUUGUUGCUGUAGACUCCUGGCGUGGGUGGGUCUGCUUUCAGAAAGCAGACAAGAGUUCCUCAGCCUUCUGUGCAACAGGGAAAGAUACCCCAGCCUUCUCAUACAACAGGCAACCCCCAAAGCUAAACAGCCCCUCCUUCCCAGAACAAGCUACUCAUCCUGCAAACAACACAUAACUGAAGGCCUGGCUUUUGAGUGUCGACAGCUUUCUAGCUAUGAGGUUUCCUCAGUGCUCACUUUUUGGGUAAGGUAUUUUGUCAUGAGGAAAAUGUGUAGGUAGAAGUAUCUAUUGCUUCUCCACCACUCUAAGAAUUUAAUAGAUAAAAUUAGCUUUCAACUCAUGCUAUACUUGGGAAACAUUUGCACCUGAGCAAAUUGGGAUAGGCAUGGCUAUCCUGCUGGAGGCGACACCACAAUCCAGGUAAGGGGUGGUUGUUAGGCUUCCUGUUCUGUCCAUCCCAGCAUGUGGGGCUCUAAGUGAAGGCUUAGAUGCAAAGUGAGGCCAAAGCAGGAAUGAUGGCUUGCCUGCUUGCUGAGCCUUGUCCCUCCAACACCACCCCAGUUAAAUUCUAGAAUCUACACUUCUAGGCCCAUAGUUCCUCCAGAGGGAAGCCUCUGAAGCAAUGAUCCUACCUGGCCUACGCCUGAGCUUCUAAGUACAUAAAUACGUGAUGACUUGGUGGAAAUCUGCAAGGAUAAAGUGCCACACUUUUGAAGUGGGAAAGGGCUACAGUCUUUUCCUUAGUAUUGGCAAUGUUUGCUGAGAGGGAAGCAGCAGGUAUUUGUUUAUGUGAACUGUGAAAGCUACUGAACUAUACUGAAUAAAUACACGAUAGCAGGUGCCUGGGUAAUUUUUCUUUUUGUUUAACCCAGUGCCUCCUGAACCUACUUUUAAAUAGAAAAUGGUUUCUAUUAACAUGUCUACUGGGGCAAACAAAAUUAUGUUGAUUUCAAAUUUGAAUGGGGUUAAAAACCUUUGAUAUUUCGUAUUUUGAAUUUUCCCCUAAUUCUUAAGUAGUCGCUCUCUUUAGGCAGUCACCUUUACUAAUCAAAGCCAACUUUGGCUCAUAAAAAGAAAGGCAAAGCAGAAGGAACCAUUUCAUAGUUCUGAACUGAAGCAGACAAACCCAACUAGGGCAGCAGUAAUAAGUAAAAGAGACAUCUGUCUAUGUCUGGCUCUGCUAUUAUGAACAAUCCCAAGUUGCUUGUGACAGUAAGAAUGUCUCCAUUGGACUCACAAAGGUUGACAUGUGAUUAACAGGUGAAACAAUCUUUGUGGCUGUAUAGUCCAGAUCUAGAUGAGUGCCACAUGUCACCAGUGGAAGCAAAGACUUUUCACUCACUCUUGUGUGUGUUGUAUGAAACUGGAUGGUCCAUUUAACUGACACUUCAAGGUUUUAUUAGCCUAAGUGCUUACUGCUCUUUUCAGAUGCAUGUACUCACCAGGUCUUCAUCACAGCCUGCAGCAAAAUUUUAAAAGGGCUUUAGAGAACACUAAAUUAGAGCUUUGGUGUGGCUCUAUAAGGAAGAGCAGGCCAAGUCAGAGUCUUAGGCGUUUAUUCUAAAAACUGUUAAAGAGGGGUUUAGUAAGGACCCUGCCACUGUGAGGGAGACCUGGACUAUUCUUUUAGUUCCUACAGACAGACAUUACUUUAACAGAAAAGAACUGUUUCUUAGUUGGCUGCAGUGUUGGAAUGCCUGCAUCCCUGGCAUGGAUCAUAAACUACCAUACUUCUGUAUUCCCUAUAUAGAAAGAACUCUAUGCAAUGAUAUAAACUCUGAUACUCAGAGCUGCCAGGAGUUCAGGUUAUCACGCUCAUGUUUAAGUGACAGAGAAGACAGUAACAAAACCACCACUCUGAUUUGUCAAAACACUUCCUUCCAUAUAUGCUUUCAAUUGUAAAUGUUUAAUUGGAAGUAUGUAUAGUCAUUAUCUGAACACAGUGACCUAAGUAAAAACAAUAACUUUAAGUGUACGGUAUCACCUACUGAACUACAAUUACUGUUUUUAGAGCUCAACAGAGAGCAAAUUCUUUGGUGACUAAAAUUUCUGCACUGAUCUGCCCUAGGGUAUGGUCCUAGCAGGGAUGGGGGUGGCCAUGGAUGCAAGAGCUUAAGCAACAUUAGUAGUUUCUUUCUGCAGUACACUGUAGCUUCUAAAACAAGAUAGAGAACUCAAUUUUCUGUUUCACCAAUGGAACCUAUAAGACAAAAAGACAGAAUGAUCGAACAAACAGCACCUUGGCCACAACUCUGCAAACUCUUUGUAGAGCAUGGAUGGCCUGCUACAAACAUCACCAUCUUUGAGGUGUGCACAUAGCCGAUCCCCCAUGUUUAUAUAGGUCAGGUUAAACUCAGCUCUGAACCCUUGGCCUCCCAUAUUUCACUUCACUUUAUUUUCCAAACAACUUUGUAUUCUCAAGAGCCAAUCUGAGAUGCUGUGACCCCAACAUAGCUGCUCAUGCUUUUGUUAAAAAAAAACCACACACACACAAAAAAAAAACAUUUUCACAUACAGGCAAGCAUUAAAAUUUUAGUAAUCCAGCAUAGUCAUAACACACACUGGUAUUUUGAAUGUGUGUAGAUAGAAAAGAAAAAGACUAAGUCCCAGCAACAACCACUUCUGUCUAACUACGCCCUUGACUUAGCAUUUGAUUUUCCCAGUCUCUCAUCUGAUAAUUAUCCCGCUAUCUGCUCAGCAGCACAGAGCAGCUUCUGUUGAGAACAACUUACCCAUACAGACGUUCUGCUUUGUUUCUGCUGUCCUGUUCUCUGCCAUGGAUGAAAUGUGGGGAUUGUUGUUUGUGGAGUCCAUAGUGUUCUUUUGUUCCUAUCGGAACACCUACUUCAAGAGUACCUGAUAACCCAAUGUCGUUAGGACCUGAUGCAAAGAUUAAAAACAUGUUCACUUCUAUUUCUAAUCUGCUUUUAGAUAUACUAUCUUACUUUGCAUGAAAUUUUAACUUUUUUAUUAACUGAAAAUGUGCUUUUAUACCACUUGAAUUAGAAAAUCCUGCCUGAAUGUACUGUUAGGAAAGCACAUGCGACUGUUUGCAUCUGUCAGCACUCUUCCGUUUGUACUCAGUCUCAUUUUAAAGUGGCUACCAAACACUGUACUAUAUACCUGGUAAUUUUUUAGAUUCACUCGUAGCUUUAAAUGUUUCCAGAUGCCUUUAGUUUUAGCUGCUGUAAAAUAGCUACUUUGUGUUAUUUGAUAUAGAAUUGUUUAAAACAAAAAAAACUUCAUUUAUUUAUACAGAGACAUUUAUAAUAUUUUACAAACAUUCUUAUAUUCUGAAUAAAUAUUUCUAAUUCCA